AAGGAUGGUAGAAGGUCCAGGCUGCACGCUGAACGGCGUGAGGCUCCGCGCUUGUGUAGCUCAGGGACAGAUAGUGAAAAGUGUGCAAGGAAUGGCGCUGUUGCAACAGCCCAGAGCACAGAUAGGAGCUGCUGCCAUCUCCUCUUCUACCAAUUCGGCAGUUGGAAAGAAAAUUUCUUGUCGAGAUGUCUUGAGUGUGCUUAAUGGAUGUGUGAAAACUCUGGGGAAAGAGUUUUUAAUGUACUUUGGAGAGCAAGCUUUGAGGAUCCACUUUGGCACGGAUGGCUCUUUACAUAUAAAUUCAGAUGCAAGCCGAAACAGAAGUGGAGCAUCAGCUGUCUUGGAAAUACACCUUACUGUUGAUUUGGUUUGUUUCUAUGAUGUAACUUUAGAACUAUGGAAUGCUGCUGAAAGUGAAUGGAAAAUUAGGAUGCUGGAAGACUUAGAUGUAUGCUCUCCAAAAUUUAGUUUUGUGAGAGCAGACAGUGAGUUUAAGAAGCAGAAGGGCCAUCUGUUAUGUGAUGUGUUGCUUGAUCAGGCAGUCCUACCUGGAGUGGGAAACAUAAUAAAGAACGAAGCUCUUUUUGACAGUGGUCUCCAUCCAGGUGUUAGAGCUUCUCAGUUAACAGAUGAGCAGAUCUGUCACUUGGUGAAAAUGAUUUGGGGUUUUACUCUCCUCUUCUACAAGUGUCGUAAGACAGGAUUGGCCUUAUAUAAACAUUACAAGGUAUACAAGUGUUUCAGCUGUGUCCAGUGCAGGGCAAAGAUUACGUGCCGUUUAGGAGAAAGUAGAAGGAUGGCAUACUUCUUCCCCCAGUGUCAAAAGGACAAACCUCAGCUGGUGGAUCCUGGCAAACUGCCAACAAGAAAUGGUUUAAUUGGCUGGGCAUACAGCAGGGGGUCACGUUCUAAUGAACAAGUGGCUCAGAAGUCAAAAGAGGAGUGGGCCUGUAGGCGUUGCACUCUAAUAAAUAAGCCUUCUGUCAAAAUCUGUGAUGUUUGCUUGACUCCAAGGCCCGAAGGUAAACUGAGAGAGAAUGAUGACAUUGUAACUGAUUUAGUUAAAUACCCCUGUAACAACUUCACAAAACCAAGAACAGAAAUUAAGAUCAACAGGACAACAGUGUUUGGGACAACAACUAUGGCUAUGACAGAUUUCACUUUUCUAAACCAUAAUAGAAGCCUAACUCCAGAUGGAAGCUCUCUGCAUGGUUCUUCAAGAAAUGAUCAUAACAGCACCUACCACUAUGCAGUAAACACACCAGUACCCUUCCCCUAUCAAUAUAAUUCUUUAAAGCCAGUGGAGAAGAAACAGAAGAUUGAUUACUCAUCUUCAUCUUUUGGGACUGUCACUGGGAAUUUAAUGAGCAGAGCACCUCCAGUUAAUAUGACAGAUGGUUCCUGUACAUUAAAUGCUGGCAGCCCUCACUGCAGUAAACACCACCGCGUCUGCAUUCUCCGAGUGGUAAGGAAGGACGGAGAAAACAAGGGCAGGCAAUUUUACGCUUGUCCUUUACCUAGAGAGACUCGGUGUGACUAUUUUAAAUGGGCAGACCUGCAUUUUCCAUUCUGCAAUCAUGAGAAGCGCUGCAUUAUGAGGACAGUGUUAAAGAUUGGCCCUAACAAUGGAAAGAAUUUCUUUGUGUGCCCUCUUGAGAAGGAUAAACAGUGUGACUUUUUUCAGUGGGCAGAAAAUGGUCCAGGAAUGAAGAUUAUCCCAGGAUGCUGAGUGAUUCAUCUCCAAUACACCAUCUGACAUUAAUCUUCUUAAACUAUGUAUUCUACAGUUCUCUUCUGUAGGAGACAUUUUAGGAGGGUCAUGAUCAAAUGACACUUUCUGAUUGCAAAUCUAUCUAGAUUAUAUAUUUGAACAUUACUUCUGUCCCUACUGCUGUUUGUGCUAUUUUCUGUUAAUUACUUCUUGUUUGUUCUAACUGUAGAAACUCUCAGAAUGAAUUGUGUGUGUGCACUUGACACAGAUGUCUUGCAAUGUACUGUGAUUUGUCAGUAAACAUAUAUUUUAGUUAAGAGUUUAUCUGUGUCAUUUGUCCUUCAAUGCUUUUUUCAUAUUCUAAUAAAACUUUUAUGGAAAACAUAACUUGACUCAAUGCAUUUAAGAUGAAUAGAUUUUAAUACAUUUGGCACUCAGUUAUGAAAGAUUAAUAUGCUCAAUAAAACGUUUCUA